AGAGGGCUCUUGUGUUAUUGUCCGCAUCGCGACGCUGAGAGCUUCGACGAACUUUGCACUUUAAAAACAAAUCCGUCCGAUCAGAUAUCAGUUGGAUACGGUGACGUUUCACUCGCGAAGGCUAUGUCAUCUAUAAAGGUAGAAUGUGUCGUGAAAGCUCACAAUGAGAUCGGAGAGGGUCCGGUCUGGGAAGAGAAAGAUGCUACUCUGCUGUAUGUCGACAUCUAUGGCCCAAGUAUCAGCAGGUGGAACUCUCUGACCAAGGAAACAGAGAGAAUGUCUACAGAGACAUACGUGGGCUGUGUGGUUCCGCGAAGCUCAGGAGGUUACGUAAUUGGAGAGGGAACGCGCUUCGCCGCAGUCGACUGGGAGAAACGUUCCAUCACGACCAUCACCCACGUGGACACGGAGAAGAGCAACACCCGCUUCAAUGAUGGGAAGGUGGACCCUGCUGGCAGGUUUUUCGCAGGCACCAUGGCUGUGGAGGUGCGCCCAACUGAGCUAGAGAGGAAACAGGGCUCUCUGUACGCGCUCCAGCCUGACCACUCUGUCGUCAAGCACUUGGACCAGGUGGAUCUCUCCAAUGGGCUUGACUGGUCUCCAGAUCAUCACAUCUUCUACUACAUAGACAGUCUGAAGUACAUGGUGGAGGCCUUUGACUAUGACCUACAGACUGGAGGAAUAUCUAAUCGCCGAAUGGUGUAUAGGCUUAAAGAGGAUGAGGGCAUUCCUGAUGGCAUGUGCAUUGAUGCGGAAGGUAAACUCUGGGUGGCCUGCUACAAUGGAGGAAGGGUGAUCUGCAUCGACCCACAAACAGGGACCAGGCUACAGACAGUACAGCUGCCUGUGGCAAAGAUCACCUCCUGCUGUUUCGGGGGUAAAAACUACAGUGAUCUAUACAUCACCUCUGCAACUAAAGGGAUGGAUGAAGAGGCAUUAGCCAAACAGCCUGAAGCUGGCAGUAUUUUUAAGGUCACUGGUUUAGGAGUGAAGGGAAUUCCAUCAUAUUCAUUUUCUGGCUGAAACUCUGGAGCACAUUUUGGAAGUGGAUCACAUACUA